CUUUUGUGUCUCCAUCGGGCUUCCGUAGCAGCCCGGAGUAUGCUGCGCGUUAUAACAGCGCGACUGGUCUCGUCACCGAAUGUGUAUUUUAUUAGCAGUCAAGUUCUGCAAGCAGAGUUGUUGACGCACCCUCGGAGGAACAUGUCGACCGCACGGCCCGUUACCUUACUCGGAACCAUGGGCUUCGGAGGCCGGGUGGACGUGGAGCAAAGUGGGAAGAUAGUGAAGACCUUCCUGGAGCAGGGAUACACGCUGGUGGACACGGCCUUCAUGUACACGGAUGGGAAGUCGGAAAGCAUCGUGGGCGACAUGAAGCUUCCUAAAACAGUCAGCAUCGCCACCAAGGCAAACCCGUGGGACGGCAAGACGUUAAAACCAGAGAGUGUGCGUUCUCAGCUGGAGACGUCCCUUCAGAGGCUGCAGACAGACUCUGUGGACCUUUUCUACCUGCACGCCCCCGAUCACCAGAAUCCAAUUGUGGAUACUCUGCGGGCUUGCAAUGAACUCCACAAAGAGGGUAAAUUUAAGGAGUUUGGACUGUCCAACUACUCUUCCUGGGAAGUGGCAGAAAUAGUGACCCUCUGCAGACAACAUCACUGGAUCUCUCCAACUGUGUAUCAGGGGAUGUACAACGCCACCACCAGACAAGUUGAGACAGAGUUGCUGCCGUGUCUGAGAUACUUUGGGAUGAAGUUCUAUGCAUACAAUCCUCUCGCAGGUGGCCUUCUGACUGGGAAGUAUCACUACGCCGAUAAGGAUGCGUCGCAGCCUGCAGGGCGCUUCUUUGGCAACAACUGGGCUGCAACGUACAGGGACAGAUAUUGGAAGCAGAGUCAUUUCCAUGCGAUGGAAGUGGUCCUAAAGGCCUUGGAGGCGGCGUAUGGCUCGAACCCCCCCACCCUGUUGUCUGCUGCCAUACGCUGGAUGUACCACCACUCCCAGCUCAAGGGUGAGCUUGGCGACGGCGUCAUCAUCGGCAUGUCCGGCGUGGAACAACUGAAACAGAAUCUUGCCGCCUGUCAGGAAGGUCCUUUGGAUAAGAGGGUGGUGGAGGCCUUCCAAGAAGCCUGGAACCUGGUCGCUCACGAGUGUCCAAAUUACUUCCGCUGAACACUCCUUUCCCCAAGCUAAAGAUUAACUUUACAGUUUACUUUUCUUAAAUGUAUAAAGAAUAUUAAAGGCACUUAAUUUUUCAACUGA